CAGAUUGAACAUUCAUUGAUCGCUGUCAAAGUGAUACAUAAUUUUCGUCAGCCGACAUUCAUCGCAACAAGAAGAACCCAAGAUGGCAUCGGUAGUCUCGUACGCUAUUCGCCGCAACUUACAAACUUCCGUCGCCCGUGGCGCCCAAGGACCCUCUGCCGUUGCUGGCGAUCACUCAGGUGGCUACAAAGUAUGGAAGCGUCUUAGCUUCUUGGUCGCCCUCCCGGCCGUCGGUUUGUGCAUGUUGAACGCUUACUUGAAGCACCAAGAGGAGCACGGACACCCUCGCGCAGAGUUCAAGCCAUACGACCACCUCCGCAUCCGCAACAAGCGUUUCCCCUGGGGAGAAGGAAACAAGAGCCUUUUCCACAACCCACACACAAACCCAUUGCCAAGCGGCUACGAACACUAGGAGGCCACGAACAAUUCCGUGUAGUUUUUUUCGAGUUCAGGAAGUUAAGUGUAAUCGAAAUAUUGGAGAAAUAAAGAUCUUAAACUAA